AUGGAGGGUACAUCAACCGGUCAACGGCCCUACAUUCGACUAACCUCUCAAUUAAGGAACGCCACAAAAAGCUCGGGCGAUGAGGUUCGAUUUAAGUGCGAAGCACUCGGAACGCCGCCCCUCAAAUUUAUUUGGCUCAAAAACAAGGGACCCAUUGAGAAAUCAAAGCGAGUCAAGAUUCGUGACAAGGAGAACUCGUCGCGUCUGGUUAUCACACAGUUGGACGUGCUGGACAGUGGCUACUAUCAGUGCAUCGUUUCGAAUCCGGCGGCGUCGGUGAACACGACAAGUGUCCUAAGAGUGAACAACGUGCCAACGGAUGCAGUGAAGUUGGGCGGAGGGAAACAUAAAGGAUCCGGAUCACAUCACGCCACCAAACACAUUCCCUACGACGAGUACGAGGAUUACGAGCUAAUGGACCGUGGUCGUUUGCCAGACGAGGAGGAAGCGGACCUCUAUCGGGUUCCCGAUGGCGCCGCAGGCAGCAACUUCGCCCCAAUGGCAGUUUCCGAACGAUGGCUGGACGGUAUCAAAUACCGUGUCGGCGACUGCGUACAGUAUCGCGGCGAAGCGUGUCGUCAGUAUUUGUCCAACAAAUUUGUAAUGAUGACGAACGAGUCGCGCGAGGAGAUGUACGAUAUCGAUCGGAAUUUGAGAGCCGCCAUGCUUUUUAUCAAUGGAGCGCCGACGAUAUCGCAAAAGUGUCGACAGUUGUCACAGGCGGUCGCGUGCCAUCAUAUGUAUAAAGUUUGCGAGUCGGAGAGUAACAAUCAAAUUGUCGCGAUUUGCAAACACGAUUGUGAUGUCAUUCAGAAUGACGAAUGUCCCACCGAAUUGGCACUUGCCGCUCAACACGAGCUCGUCGGCGACACGCCCAAAGCACUAUUCCCACUGUGUUCUCGUCUAUCGACCACUUCGAAUUGUAUCCCGGUCGUCACGACGGCCAUGAUGCAGAAUAUACCGUCGCUCUCUCCAACGCUCUCCAACCCAUCGGAAAAGCCACGUGGCCAUCUGACGCACUGGUGUUAUGUGAACUCUGGCACUCAAUACGAGGGAAGUGUCGGCCAGUCGUCGUCAGGCAAACAGUGUGCACCAUGGCUGGAUUCCACGUCACGUGACUUCAACGUCCAUCGAUUUCCCGAGCUGAACGGUGCGAAGAACUACUGUAGGAAUCCGGGCGGCAAGAAGAGCAAACCCUGGUGCUAUACGCGACCGAUGGGACAGGAGGAGUACUGUGACGUGCCACAGUGCCCCGCGGACAUGUACCCAGGGCUUGAGAAUAAGGGAAAAUCGGGAGUCUCGGAGAGUGUCACAGCCCUUUGGGACUCGCUGGACCCCACCAUGCAGGUGGCUCUUGUUGGCGGAGGUGUCUUCUUCUCGCUGAUCCUCUUGCUGCUAUUCUGUUGUGCUUGCUGCUGCCGGGCGAAGAAGAAGAAAACGAAGGCACGUCAUCAGAAUCAGGCGCCGUCGGUGAUCAACUCGGCGGCCAACUCGGCUUACUAUCGGAAAUUGAACGGAACGAGCACACCGAUUAUGGGAGGAGGACGGCAAGGAGGUGUCGAAAUGGCGAAUCUUCUGGGACCACCACCGUACCCCAUGGAUUUCGAUCAGCAACACGUGGCACGGCGAUUCCCAUCCCAAGACUUUCCACAUGGGGGAAGCAUCGACGAGAACUCCUAUAAGGUGUUUGAAAUCACCCCGUCGCAGCUAUCAGUCCGUGAAAAGAUAGGAGAAGGACAGUUUGGUGUGGUCCAUUCGGGAAUCUACACCUCAGGACUCUUUGCACCGGAACCCAUGGCCGUAGCUGUCAAGAAGUGCAAACACGACGCCACGAAUGCCGAUAGAGCGCAGCUGGAGCAGGAAAUCCGCACGGUGGCGACAUUUGAUCACCCGAAUGUCAUCAAAUUGAUUGGCGUGUGCUAUAUGGACAACUCGUUGUUGGCGGUGUUCGAGUAUAUGGUACAUGGGGACCUCCACGAGCUUCUGAAGGUCCGAGUGCCCCCGGCGGACCAUGAUAUGGGAGGAAUUGCGGAGGCGAACGCCGAAUUCUUGUACAUAGCCACACAGAUUGCACUUGGAAUGGAAUACCUAUCGUCGAUGUCAUUUGUGCAUCGAGAUUUGGCGACGAGGAACUGUCUAGUUGGCGAUACGCGGACGAUUAAGAUUGCGGACUUUGGAUUGAUGAGGACUAGCUAUGGAAGUGAUUAUUAUAAGAUGAUUCACCGCUCAUGGAUGCCCGUCCGUUGGAUGUCUAAGGAGGCCAUCGAGCAGGGCCGAUUCUCGGAAGCCUCGGACGUCUGGUCGUUCGGUGUGACCCUCUGGGAAAUCUGGUCCUUCGGCCGUCAACCAUACGAAGGGGCAACGAAUCAGCAAGUGAUUGAGCUGAUUGCGAAUCGCCAUCUGCUCGAGUGUCCCCACAAUUGUCCCACGAACAUCUACAGUUUGAUGGUCGAGUGUUGGCAUGAGAAUAUUGAACGAAGGCCGACAUUCUCGGAGAUUCGAUCAAGAUUGCAAUCGUGGAGCCUCGCUAGCCCCGCCCACUCGAUCCUUCAUCAACAACACCAGCAGCAGAAUAGGGCUGGGAGUCAUAGUGGAUCAUCUGGAGCCGGCGGUCCCCGACCGAUUGCUCAUCACCAGCCGCCACGUGGCUACCCGAGUCAGAAGUUGCAUCGACGUGGCGACGGUGCCUCUCCCCUGAUGAAGCGUCACGACGCCAACUAUGCGUAUUCAGAAGACGGUGAUUCGGAUUAA